GCUCACCUUCCCUUAUGUCUAACGAUAACAUACAAUUCGAUAAUGUGUUGUUGCAAAACAAUACUGCGUCACAGGAAGAGACUUUGCGUGAAAGGCAUAACAGAUUACAAAGAGAGCGGCGUCGAUGUGUGAGAGAACAGGAAACCUCUAAUCAAAUUGCACAAAGACAAGCAUCAGAAAGGCAUAGUCAUGCACAUCAGAGAGCAACAGAAGCGCCUGAACAAUUAUUAAAAUGCAAACAAUAUGAUAGGCAGCAGCAUAAACUGAGAAGGGCAAAUGAAAUACCUGAACAAACACUGAAACGUCAACAAGAUGAUAGACAGCGGCAAAGAGGAAGGAAAGUACAGUUGCAAUAUAAGGCUGCAAGAGUGGUUCCAUUUAUAUCUAAUGGAUUACAAUGCCACGACUUGGGACAUAUGAACAUAUCAUGCACGUAUUGCUUAGCCUUACAUUGGAUCAAAGAGAAAUUAAGUAGCAGCACUAUCUGGACUCCUCAGUUUAGCACAUGUUGUGCGUCGGGCAAAGUGAACCUUCCCCUUCUCCAAACACCACCACCCCCUCUAAUAGAUCUUCUUACUGGAGAUACUUCUGAAGCAAGGUCUUUUCGUAAGGACAUUCGCAGAUAUAACUCUGCACUUGCUUUUGUAUCUUUAGGAGCAAAAAUUGAUGAGAAUGUAACAUGCCACCAUGGUUUAGCAGAAGGUACAUUAAAAGCCCUACAACAGAUGUUGCAUACUGUUAACCCAUAUGCCCAAGUCUUUCGCCAGGCAAGCAUGAUGCUCCAAAUCGACGAUAAGCAGGAAUUGCGAAUGGUAAUAAGCCCAACAACUAUUGCUGGAAGAGAUCCUCACUGUUAUAAUACUCCCACAGCUGCAGAAGUAGCCAUCAUAAUGGUUGGUGAUGGUGAAGGUGAACCUGGCCACAGAGACAUUGUCGUACAUACAAAUGCUGAAGGACAAUUGCAGCGCAUUUCAGAAAUCCACAAAUCAUACAUGCCUUUACAUUAUGUUCUUCUGUUUCCAAGAGGUGAGGAUGAGCUUGAGGAAAAUGACAACCUAACAGAUCUUAAUGAAGAAGCCGAUCUUGAUAACGAAACAGUCCAUAGUCGCAAAUGUGUUUCCAUGAUGCAAUUUUAUGCCCAUAGGUUGCAGCAGAAUCGCCUUAACUGGUUAAAACACAACCAGAAGAAUAUAUGCUCUGAAUUAUACAAUGGUAUACAGGAUGCAUUGACAGCUGCUGAUGAAGCACCGCAGCCUGGAAGGAGAAUUGGAUGUCAUAUUGUUUUACUAUCAAGCUUUACUGAAGGAUGGUUUAAAGCAAAUGAAGAGUUGGCUGACGCUGGUACAACAGAGCUUACCUAUGGUGAAUUCCCACGUCGUUUUGUAUGGAAUAAGUGUUUAAAAAAAUGGACCCCUCGCAAAAAAGGAAACACUUUGGGCCGUAUCUACUUUGUGCAUCCUGCUGCUGGAGAACGUUUUUUUUUACAAGUUUUAUUAACUGUGGUUCAUGGUGCAAAGUCUUUCGAGAAUCUGAGAACUGUAAAUGAAACGACAUAUGAAACCUUCAAAGAUGCUUGCAAUGCAUUGGGAUUACUUCAAGACAAUAAUGAGUGGGAUGAAUGUUUAGGAGAAGCUUCUUUGAUAAAAACUGGAUAUCAGCUCUGUCAUCUUUUUGCUACGAUUUUGGUUAAUUGUGAGCCCUUAGAUCCAGAACAUUUAUAG